AUGCGUAUGAAGUUGCUCUGGAGAUGCCACCGUAAUAACGAUGAUUUGAGAAUUUACAAUGCUUGCACAUGCAACUAUUGGUUGUUGCAGAUGCUUUCUUUUGGGACAGUCGCUCUGGGGGAGUUCAAAGAGCGUUUGGCAGAGUGGCCGCAAUACUGCAACCAUGUUCUUCAAAUUCCACAGUUUCGUCAGUCUCAACCUGAACUUGUGAAGUUCAUUCAGCGAGCCUUAAUGCGAGGGGAAGCAAACCAGCAUGAGAUUGCUGGCAAUGGCAUGUUUCAUACGGACCAGCAAUUUAGUGGUGCAGCCCAAUGUGAUACAAAAUCCUCUCUGAUACUGCUGGAGGGUUUGGAACAAUUUCCAGCUCCUCUUAUUUCCAUGGAGGAGAGAAAAUGUGUGAAUCCUCUACUUCGAACAACAGAUGACGAGGUUCUGGAUCGGGGAUUAAAUGUUGCUCUGGACGGAUCCUUAGUCCUAUCUAUUCCUUCUCCGGCGGUACAAACCGGUCAGGUCAAACUGCAGAAUACAGAAUCAGGAUCACUUGUGUCGCAGCACUUCAGACUGUCAUCGAGCUUGCUCGACGAAAGGGUGAAGAUUGCAUAUUCGUCGAGCUCUGAGUCUGGGAUCAGCAUGCAGCAAACACUGGGGAAUCGAACCUUUGAUCUUGGUACUGGACAGAAGGUAGUUCACAAUUGUGUUGAUGCUUCGGGGUCUCCGUGUGAGGAUUGUCUUGGCCACGAGCUUGGAAAGAGCCUCAGUGUAGUGAAUUCCAUCCCAGAUCACGAAUUGGGUGCGAUCAGAAUACGUUGA